AUGGAGGAAGUAUUGAAGUAUUCUCUCCGCCCAUUCUCUAGUUCAUUGGCAACAAGUGAAGGAGACCUUGUUAAAACUGCCAAAUCAAAAUUACUCCACAAGAUUGAAGAAGACGUUCCGGGUGCUUGUGUCGUCCUUUCGGCUGUUGAAAAUAAGGCAUGCAUUCUUGAUGCAAUGGCGGUAUUGCAAACAUUGACUGUCAUUCCAGCAACAUUUGGCGAACUUGCAGCCAAUUUACUUACGAAGGUCGUCAACGCUGCAAUUUUUUCCAAAUGCAAACGGGUAGAUUUCGUCGGCGACCGAUAUCCACGUCAAAGUAUUAAGAAUCUGGAGAGGGUCAGACGAGCCAUGAGGGGUGUCCAGGUGAUACGCAUAUUUAGUGAGCAGCAAAAAGUUCCUCGUCAGUGGAAGAAAUUUAUGUCUUCAGGUGAUAACAAAGAAGAAUUGAUGAAAUUUAUUUUUAAUACCUGGAGGAAGGCAGAUCCGCAAUUAUUGGGGGGCGUAGAGAUGUAUUUUUAGCACACGAAGAAAUUUGUCACAGAUUUUUUUAUUCAAAUGGGGAGAUGAUGUGCUCUGAAAUCGGAGAACUUUACUGUGACCACGAAGAGGCGGACACAAUGCAUACUUCUCUGGAAUAUCGCACCAUCAUAAUCAAGAGUCCGGAUACAGACGUGCUUUUGAUCGCACUUAACGCUUGCGUAGGCACUGAUGCUGAUAUCAUGUUUGAAACUGGUGUAGGAACCGGAAGACGGAAUAUUUCCGUCACCAAGAUUAGGCAUUGUCUUGGAGAUCAAUGGUGUUGCUCGCUAAUCGAUCUACAUGCAAUUACGGAUUUGUUGUUCUGCAGUAUUUAAAGCAUAGGCUUGUUCAUUAGUAAUUAAACGAAACAUAAGCCGAAUAUUAACAUCCUCAAAUUCAUGAUAUGAGUUAAAACAAGACAAGAAUGAGAUGUUAAUAUCCGUAUUAUGUUUCGAUUUAUUGAAAUUGUCUGCUGGUAUUGGUUUAGAGCACUUAUGUUUUUACAGGUUCUGAUACCACGAGCGCUUUCUAUGGCAAAGGCAAAGUAACGGCACUGAAAAUCGCGAAAAAGAAGGAGGAAUACGCAAAUCUUUUUGGAGUCAUGGGUAGAGAAAUUGCACCAUCGGCUGAACUAAAAAGUGGAUUGUAUAGAUUCAUAUGUCACCUAUAUGGUUUCGAAGAGUGUUCCGACGUCAAUGCUGUUCGAUAUCAAGCGUUUUGA